CACAUGCAAAGUUUUUAGCUUUAGACGCGUACGCUGGAAUCUUAUCGCUCUGGCUUGAGCACACACUCUGGAAGCCGGCAAUGAAUUUUAGAUUCAGAAAUCAAUGGCAAAUCAAACAUUUCAAAGUUUCAAUCUUUCAAUCAUCAUCAACAAUACGAGAUCAAGGUGUACGACUAGAUUACAUCUUGCAAGCUUCAUUCACUGCCAGAACACAAACCCACAAUCGCAACGAAAGCGCCCCGUUUUGAUCGAUUGUAUUUUAUGCCGCAUUGACUGGAACGUUUUUCGGAUCCACAUUUCCCGCCUCUUGUUCGAUCACAACAACGUAAAACUGCACUGUAGAUCACACACCAUCUGAUCGUCAGUGCAGAUACGACAAUUCUCAAAAAAUGACUUUGGACUUAGAUCAAGCGAUCGCAACUUUGAGAGAAUGCAAAUACCUUCCUGAACAAGAUAUCAAACAGCUAUGCGAUUUGGUAAAAUCUUUACUUUUGGAAGAAUCCAAUAUACAACCCGUCAGUUCGCCAGUAACGAUUUGCGGUGAUAUACAUGGACAAUUCUGGGAUCUGUUGAAACUGUUUGAGGUAGGAGGUAAUCCACCCGAUACAGGCUACAUCUUUAUGGGCGAUUUUGUCGACAGAGGAUACUUUUCACUAGAAACAUUUUCACUUUUGAUGGCACUCAAAGCAAGAUGGCCAGACAGAAUAACGCUGUUAAGAGGUAAUCACGAAAGCAGACAGAUCACACAGGUAUACGGAUUCUACGAUGAAUGUCAACACAAAUACGGCAAUGCAAACGUUUGGAAGAGUUGUUGUCAAGUAUUUGAUUAUCUCAAUUUGGCAGCGAUCAUUGAUGGAAGGGUUUUGUGCGUACAUGGAGGAUUAAGUCCUGACGUACGUACUUUGGAUCAAGUGCGCAUCAUCGCUCGUGCUCAAGAAGUGCCACAUGAAGGUGCAUUUUGUGAUUUGAUGUGGUCCGAUCCGGAUGAUAUACCAACUUGGAGUAUCUCUCCGCGUGGUGCAGGUUGGCUAUUUGGUGGAACAGUGACGAGCGAAUUCAAUCAUGUCAAUGGGCUAGAAUUGAUCGCAAGAGCACAUCAGUUGGUGCAAGAGGGGUACAAGCUCAUGCACGAUAACGCAAUCGUCACUGUAUGGUCAGCCCCGAACUAUUGUUACAGAUGUGGAAAUGUUGCCUCGAUCUUUGAAGUGGACGAUCUUUUGUCGAUGGGAUCGGGGAAGAGCUUGCCAAAUGGCACGCUAGAAGACGAAAAAGAUGGAAGAAAUGUCGAACCAGGAGGAGAGGAAGAUCCUGAUAGCAUUUAUGCUUCUCGACAUUUCAAGAUCUUUGACGCUGUACCUGAUCAAGAGAGAACCACGCCAUCAAGGCUGAAUACAUCACAGUACUUCCUCUAAUCAAGCGCACAAUUCCCUCAACUCUCAGCAUUCUUACUGCACCUUUUGUCAUGACAACUUUGACAAAGUGACAUUAUACAUAGAAAGCAUUUUUCUGCAUUCUCUCUCUCU